AUGAGCAAUGCAAAUGUAAAGGACAUUUUGAAAGAUAAGAAAAAAGUGAGAUUUGUAGCUGAAAGCGCAUUUAAGUAAGUGGAUAAGGAUGGUAGCGGAUACCUUGAAAGACCAGAACUGGAAGAAGUUAUGAAUAAUGUAGCAGCUGAUUUGGGAGUUGAACCACCUACAAGUGAAGAAAUCGAUGAAGUUUUAAAAGAAUUAGAUGAAAAUGGAGAUGGAAAAUUAUCAAUUGAUGAAUUUUAAGUGUUAAUUGAACAAGUACUUGAAAUGAUGGCUAAAGUUGAGGGUUGAUAUUGAUAAUAUUUACAUUUCUAAUUAUU